CAGUCGCCUUGAUUGUUUUGGAAAAGCUAAUCACCAGGUCAUGUUCCACGGACUUUGUUGUUUUCAAUGGCUGGAGAAGUGCCUCAGUCAGUUAAGAUAUCUUUAAGGUCCGUGUUGUUAUCUAGCAUAAAGGGGAUCAAGCAAACGAGGGUAGAGAAAGAUUAUCAUCAGUUGACAAACUCAAAACUUGAUUUCAAAAAGUAUGGCUUCCAAGACCUCUAUGAAUUUUUGCUGGCUAUCCCAGACGUUGCAAGGCUGGAAUUUUCCGUAAAGGAUGGAGAAAAUAAAGUGUUUGGAGUUCCUGAAAAGGGGGUGUUUAUCUCCAAACAUGCAAAGAAGGCCGAAGGUGUCCCAAAUGGACUUAACCCUCUGCAUCCUUCAGAGUGGCCUCGAAACAAGAGGAGCAAAUCAAAAGACCGAACUGUUGUACACGAUAAAGCUUCCUUGAAAGUGACGGUAGAUUCAGACCAAAAAAAAGACAUUUUACCAAACUUUAAAGGGCUAUACGGGAUUCAUAUCGGGCAUUUGCCAUUAAAUUGUCAAGAGAGUGAACUGAGGGAUAUUUUCAAGCAUUUUAAAAGUUUAAAGGAAGUGAAGAUAGAAAAUUCUAACAGGAUUGCAUUUCUGAGGUUUUCCGAACAUGCAGAUGCUGUCCAAGCAAUGAGUGACUUGAAUGGUUACAAAUUACGUGACUCUGUGUUGAAGAUUAAUCCAGCCAUUAUACGGAACUCUGUUCAGAAUGCAAAAUUAAUGAAAGACAGAAAGGAACAAUCAAAGAUAGACACUAAAAAAUCUGUAACCACAAAUGGUUUUGUGAGUGAAGAUGCUGUUGUUACAGAACCUAGUAGUAGUGUUCCCUACAGGAGUCCUUUGUCAUUGCCAAGGGAAAUGAAAACAGUUUUGUCUGAAGAAAGCUGGGAAACGGAAAGUGCUCUGUCACCAACGAGAACGGCAGGAGAGAAAAAGAAAAUGUAUGGUCAAGAAAAUUCUGUGAUAGCUAUGAUAAAGGAAAACAGGGGAUAUCCCAUUCAUGUGAGCAAUUUUCCAGCAGGAACGACACAGGAAUCACUCAAACAAAUCUUCAGUGUACAUGGAAAAGUAGUGCAAAUUUUAAUGAAAGAGAAAUAUGCCUUUGUCUACUUUGCACAAAAGGAUGAAGCUGUAGCUGCCUUAGAAAAAUUGAAAGGUACAAAAAUAGGAGAUAAGAUACUUACAAUCACUCCUAAACAACAGAAAGGCAAAGCCAAGCAGCAAGACAACUUAGUAGUGGGUACCAUGGGGCAAUCACUUACUUCUAGUGAGAGCUCUGUAUCUAGCUGCAAUGCCAUGGGGUCUCAAUCACCCACAUAUAAUAGCUUCUCUGAUGGUGCACUUGGCUCAGGAAGCAGCAAGAGAGAUGGCUCUGGUGUGUUUGUCAAUGGAUUGAAAGGAUCAUGCGAAAGAAGUGUUGGACAAAACCAGGAGAGUGGUAGAACAAUAUAUAAUCAGAAACUUGAGGAAAGUGUAAAGAUCAGCUCUUCUUCUAUGGCUAGUGUUGGAAAAGGCAACUCUGGUCCUACUAGAAAACCAGAGAUUUCAGUUGCCACUAAAGAAAAAGGACCCGGGCAUAUUCUUUUAACCCAUUCAGAGAUGCAUGAACUCUUCUUGAAGUGUAAGAAACCACUUAGAACCAUGGAUGACAUCAAAGCUCAGGAGUUUAAAGUUCUUGUGACUGAUAUUGUAGACUCUUGCCACUUCUGGGCCAACAUUGAUGACAAGAGUGGAAGUUAUAAGGAACUUGAACAAAUUAGGACUGAUCUUCAGAUUGUGGAGCAUUAUAAGCGAUGUAUGCCUGUUAAGCAUCAGCUGGGUGCAGCAAUGUUUUCAGAAGACAAUCUUUGGUACAGAUGUUGGUGUUUAGAAGUAACAAAAAUGGACCAAAAGCAAGCAAAAGUUUUUUAUCUUGAUUAUGGAAACUGUGAAUGGAUAUCUUGGGACCAGUUUACAGACAUACACAAAAGAUUCUGGGAUCUUGCCCCUCAGGCAGUGCCAUUCAAGCUUGCAGGUAUUGAGGUUGCAACAGAUGUGUCACCUGAGAUAAUUAAUGAAGGGUCAAAAUACUUGAGUGCUUUGAUCAUUAAUAAAGUGUGCACAGCAAGAGUAUGUUGCUCAUCGGAUGCUAAUCAGCCUCAUGUCAUUGAGGUGGAACUUUUUGUCAAAGAUGACAAUGGGAGGGAUAUACAAGUAAAUGAGCAAAUAGCAUUGACAAGAUAUGUACGAGAGGCAAGGAUGGAAACUCAAGGAGCUUCAGGAUUAAUCCAAAGCAAAAUGAACACAGAAUCAAAUCCAACAUUCUUGACCCAGCUGCAGCAGCCAGAAAGACAAGGACUGGCACCCGUGUACGUUAGACCACAAAUUACAAAGGAUACCCAAAUUGUUGAUUCAUUUCCAAACCCAGUGCAAAAACCAAUGGAUCAAAAAAUAGAGCAAACUAUACAGCCCUCAUGGAGUAGUCAGGGAAAAUUGUCCCAGAAAUUGAAUCAAAGACCUCAUAAUGUACAUGAGAAUGGCCAGUGUUCCACUACAAACCAAAAUGUAGAAACAAUGAAAAAAUCUCUGCCUAAGACUUUGCAGCAACAACAGUACUACCCCAGUUACCAGUUGUUUGAGAAGAAAGAAGUCAUGAUAGUUACACUGUCACAUAUUGAAUCCUUUGAUGCAAUAUACUUCUAUAAGUCUGAUAAUAACAGUCUAGAGCAGCUUAGAUACAUGACAAGGGUGAUUAACUCUGAAACGAAUGUAGCUGCCAAGAUCUACCCUCGCAUUGGUGAUAUUGUAGUGACAGUCAAGGAAACUGGAAGGUGCUUCAGGGUCAAAAUUGUAUCAGUUCCUUUUGGUUCUGGGAUUGGAGUGGAUAGGGUGAAAGUUCAGAGUAUUGACUAUGGAUGGUAUUUCACUGUGCCUCUAAGUAGCUUAUGCGAAUUGCCUCAGAGCCUAAAGGAUAUGCCUCCUCAAGUUAUGAAGGCAAAUCUUGCAGGGCUGCAAAGAGAUUCUGCCCUGACGACAGUAAUGGCUGUGAAUAAGUUAAAGGAAGUUAAAGAAAGGAAACAGCCACUUCAAGCAUCAGUGGUAAAGCGGCGAGAGGAUGGUGUACUUUUGGUUGAACUCUUCCAAUCUGACGGCCCGAGUCUCAAUGUUCAGUUAUUGAAAAUGCAGGGGAUUCAGUUAGAUGAGUCUUUAUGCUCUCUUUUCUGUGCAAAUUUCAAAUCGCAAGGAUCUGAUACCUCUAGUUUGUCAUCUGGGGAAAGCAUCAACAGUCAUCACAUCACAAGUCAUCAAGUUUCAAGAUGGCCAACACAAGAGAAGACAGUGGAUCACAAUGCUGAUAACCAAUCUGUCCAUUCAGAUUGGGAAGAAAGCCCAACAGGAACAGAACCAGACUGGAUGGACACUGUGUCUGUACCUGGGAGUCAUAACAGUAUGACUGGUAGACAGUCUUUAGACAAUCUGUACCUGCCUCCACCUCCUGAGAGGCACCAGCCUUAUUCAUGGGGUCUAACCAGUGGUGUGCCUCAUGGUUCACGCUCCCCUUCAGCAUCCUCAUCAGCAAGCAAUGAAUCUCUUGAGGUACGUCUUUAUCACUCAGGAGGGUCCUCCUCCAGCCUUUCCCGGGAGAGACGGCUGCCGUCUUACUCAGGAUCAGGAUCAGGAUCAGGAUCAGAGGGCAGUGAUGUACAAGUACACUCAAGCGCUAAGACCUGGCAAAGUGCUACGCAGGAGAUGGAAGAUAAAGAACAAUUUAAUCAGGAAGAUCCACAAAAAUGUAGGCAGGAAAGAGAAGAACUGAUCCAAAAGGAGAACAACCUGAAAAGGACCUUGGAAUUACCGCGAGCUGAGAUGAUAAAAAUGCUGAGUUUGAACCAGGAAAAGGAAAAGCUAGAGAGAAAAAUCAGGAUUAAAGGACUUGAAAACCAAAUCCUAAAACUCAGUAAAGAACUGAAACAACUUGAACUUGAAAAAGGAGCACUUGAGGAGGAACUUGGAAGGAGUUGAAGAAAAACAUGUGUUUCUCUGUUUAUUGCCAAUACUGAGUAAUCUUGGUUGAUUAUAAAAUCAAUGUUUUAGCUUAAUGGAUCUUAAUAAAGCAUGUAAGAAUCUGAAACUUACCGUCCAACCUGGGCUUAUGUUGAGGCACCUGAAGCUGUUUUGUUGCCAGUGGGGUUAACAAAGAACUGGGAAUUUUUUUGUAAUAAACUGAAAGCAUUGUUCUUUAAUCUUUAGUACCUUUACCAUAGGCUUUGGAAUAA